UAUUUUCAGUUUGGAUUAUGACUUUUGGUGUUACUAGGUUUUAAUAUUUUCUCCCCAAAUUGAUAACCGUUCGCUUUCUUCCCUCCAUAGAUAUACGUUGAAGAAGGUCCUGAUAAUCUUCGCGUUUGCUUUACUCUAGAUUCACCCUCUUUUUUUGUCGAUCCGGCCGCGUAUUAAUCACUCGCCGGCCCCUCUCAACGAACUUGUUUAAUCGAUGCCCCCAAGAUAGCCAACUCUAUUAUCAAAGAAAUUGGGGGGGCGAUUUGGCGCCAGAUUCCUGGAGGUGUGUAAAGAACCUCGGGAAUCCCCCAGGUACUGAUGGAUAACAUCAAGAGCCAGGGUGUCACUAAUGUUCAAGACAUGGAUUUAGGUGAGAUAGUGGUAUCUUCCAUUCGGCCAGGGAUGAAGAGGGAGUUUGCAAUGAUGAUGAAAACCCAAUUGGAAUUAGGAGGCCUUACUUCAGGUCGCAGGAGAGUUACCAGGUCCCUAUAUGCUUCUGGUGGUAAUUCUAGCAAGGGUUCUGUGCCAAGUCAUGGUAAAUCUAAUAAGAAAGUAAGGCAGUUGGGUUCUAAUGAAGUGGAGAAGAAUGAAGAAGAAACUUUGGAUGCAGAGGAUAAUGGAAAAUUGAAGGAUGAUGCUAUUUCAGAAAUGUCUACGUUUGCAGAUGGGCUAGGAGAAGUAAGUGCUGAGGAUAGGAGUGAGUUAGAGAAAGUGAGGGAUGAUUCUAAGGGGGGUGCUGCUCAACCUCUGUGUGCAGAAGACUUGCUGCCUCAGGCUGGGGAUAGUGAUAAAGAAGUUAUUCAGGGAAGUGAUUCGAUAAUUGGAGGGGAACUGUCUCAUGACAGUGGCAGUGCAGGUACUUCAACAACCACCCCAUUGAAGUUAGAAAUGAAAAUGUCCAAGAAGGUUGAGCUGAAAAGAACUCCAGCGAGGUUAAAGGAUCUCCUUGAGACAGGGCUGCUUGAGGGUUUACAUGUCUGUUAUCGUGGUUCAAAGGGGAAGAAACGGAAGGGGUCAGUGCUACAUGGAAUCAUUCAGGGAACAGGGAUAUUGUGUGCGUGUGAUGAAUGCAAGGGAAGCACGGUUGUCACCCCCAAUCAAUUUGAAUUGCAUGCGGGGAGUGGAAAUAAACGUCCACCAGAGUAUAUCAUGUUGGACAAUGGAAAUAGUCUGAGAGAUGUGCUGAAUGCAUGCAAAGCUGAUUCAUUAGACUCGCUGGAAUCGGUAAUCAGGAGUGCUAUUGGUCGAUCAGAUCAUACCAAUGCCUUUUGUGUUAAUUGUAAAGAGUUGAUUCCUAAGGCUGGCACAGGCAGACCGAUGCUUUUAUGUGAUUCAUGCAUUCAAUCAAAGGACCCUGAUUCUGGUCAUACUCAGAUUACCCAGACUACUCUUAGGUCACCAUUGGCUGAUGUGUCUUCUUCCAUUCCCUCUGGCUCUCAACCUGCCCUUCAAGAAAGUGAUGAAACUUCUUCUGGUACUCAACCACAAAUUAAACGCCAAGGGAAGAUAACAAGGAAGGAUUUGAGGAUGCAUAAAUCUGUUUUUGCAGAAAAUGUGCUUCCUGGUGGCACUGUUUUGGCAUAUGUUUUGCAUGGGAAGAUAAGGCUUAAAGGUUAUAAGAGGGAUACUGGUAUUUUAUGCACGUGCUGCGAAGAAGUGAUCAGCCCCUCAUUGUUUGAGAACCAUGCUGGUUUUUCUUCUCGAAGAAAACCUUACAUGAGUAUAUACACAUCGAAUGGAGUGUCUCUGCAUCAGCUAUCUGUUGCACUAUCCAAACAUCGAACAGCAGAUCCAGAUGAAAGUGAUGACCUAUGCUUUACAUGCCAGGAUGGUGGGGAAUUACUUUGCUGUGAUAAUUGUCCGCGGGCAUUUCACAUUGAAUGUGUUGGUCUUUCCUGUGUUCCUGAAGGAAAAUGGUAUUGCAAAUAUUGCCGUAACAUGUUUGAAAAGGAGAAGAAUGCGGAGCGUGAUGCCAACGCAAUAGCUGCUGGGAGAGUCCCUGGUGUUGAUCCUAUAGCAGAGAUACAUCAAAGGUGUAUUCGUGUCAUUGAGACACCGACGCCUGAACCUGACACAGAAGGAUGUUGUACCAUUUGCAGGGGCAAUGAUUUUACGAAGUCAAAAUUUGAUGGCCACACAGUUAUGAUCUGUGAUCAGUGUGAAAAAGAAUAUCAUGUUAGAUGCCUGAAGGAGCACAACAUGGAUGAUUUGAAGGAAUUGCCUGAACAUGAAUGGUUUUGUACCAAAGCAUGCAACAAUAUGUAUUCUGCACUUCAGAAGUUGGUUGACUCUGGUGAGCAGAGGCUUCCAGAGACUAUUCUGAACAACCUGAAGGGGAAGAUCGAGGCUCAAGAUUCACAGCAGAAUCCUGAGCUUGAUGUAAAAUGGAGGCUUCUAAUUGGAAAGAAGUCUUCAGAAGAAACCAGGGCGUGGCUCUCUGGCGCUGUCAAUAUUUUUCAAGACUGUUUUGAUCCCAUUACUGAUUCAAGCCCUAAAAAGCGUGACCUUAUUCCGGGCAUGGUUUACGGGAGGACCUCCCAACUACAUGAUUUCAGUGGCAUGUAUACAGCUGUAUUGAUGGUCGACUCGGUGGUUGUUACUGCUGGAGUUUUUCGAGUAUUUGGAGAGGAGGUUGCGGAACUUCCUUUGGUUGCGACUAAUCCCAAGUUGCAAGGAAAGGGAUACUUUCAAGCGCUCUACGCUUGUAUUGAGGAUGUUCUGUCAUCCCUCAACGUGAAAGUGCUGGUCCUUCCUGCUGCCCAUGAUGCCGAAACCAUGUGGAAAAACAAGUUUGGGUUCACAGAACUUCCAAAGCAUGAGUGGAAGCGAUACAACCGGGGCAACAAAUUGAUGUUUUUUCAAGGGACCACAAUUCUACAUAGACCGGUUCCCGUGUCUCCCAACCCCGUUGUGCCGAGGGUUGUUGAUGAGAGUUGAUCAAGAAGACAUACAUACAAAAAUCCUCAGGCUUGAGGUCCACAUUUUUUGCUGUUUUGGAAAUGCGGGAAAACGGUAUUGGAUUUGAAUUGAAUUCUUGGGGUUUUAAUUCUUAAAUCCCAGACCCGGACCCAGUGUAGAAAUAUUUACUUUUGUAAGAAAUGUGUACUCUUGGUUGGAGUAGUACAUUCUCAACUAUUGUCGCGUUUUUGGGAUAUUCCGAAGACAGCUGUGGUGCUUCUAAAAUUUAUAUGUUGGAACUAUUUUGUUUGUUUUAUUCA